UCCCGUGGGCCCCCUAUGGACUCCGUGCCCCCCAACCCCCCCCCCAACCCCGCCCCACAGAGCAAGCUGAUCGCGGGGAAGAUCAUCCCGGCCAUCGCCACCACCACGGCGGCGGUUGUGGGGCUGGCGUGCCUGGAGCUCUUCAAGGUGGUGCAGGGUCACCGGCGCCUGGCCUCGUACCGCAACGCCUUCCUCAACCUGGCCCUGCCCUUCGUCGCCUUCUCCGAGCCCCUGGCCUGCCCCCGCAACAAGGUCUGCCCCAUAGCCGGCCCCAUAGCCGGCCCCAUAGCUGGUCCUAUAGGGGGUGGUGGUGCUGGAUGCAUAGGGGGGGAUAUAGGGGGUGGUUCCUCAACCUGGGGCUGCUCUUUGUUGCCUUCUAUGAGCUCAUGGGCUGACCCCAAAACAAGGUCUGCCCCAUAGCCGGCCCCAUAGCCGGCCCCAUAGCUGGCCCCAUAGCUGGCCCUAUAGGGGGUCGGACCCCACAUCUGUGGGUCUGACCCCAAGGCCCUGACCCCAAAUUCACGGGUGUGACCCCAAAUUCAUGGGUCUGACCCCAAAUCUGUGGGUCUGACCCCGCAUCUGUGGCUCUGCCCCACACGUGUGGGUCUGACCCCCAUGUGUCUGUGCCCCCCCAUGUGUGUGUGCCCCAAAUCUGUGGGUCUGACUCCAACUCCCUGACCCCAAAUCUGUGGGUCUGACCCCAGAUCUGUGGGUCUGGCCCCACAUCCUACGGCCCUGCCCCACACGUGUGGGUCUGACCCCCAUGUGUGUGUGCCCCACAUCUGUGGGUCUGACUCCAACUCCCUGACCCCAAAUCUUGGGCUCUGACCCCACAUCUGUGGCUCUGACCCUAAAUCUGUGGGUCUGGCCCCACAUCUGUGGGUC